AUGGCGGCCGCCGCGGCGAACACAAUGGCCCACCAGGUGCCUCCCAUGUCCUUACCUCAGAUGCCGCGCAUACGACCUCCUCGAAUGCUCAAGGGGACGCCGAGCCCCAAUACGAAUCCGCAGCCGUCUGGUGAUUCUCCAGAGGGCUUGUUCUGGGUGCAAGGCAGAUGGCGCGCUAGAGGAUCCAAUGCGGCCAAAAACAGGAGGGAGACACAGACCCGGCAGGCGGUGAAGGCGCUGCGUCAUGAAACCCUUGGAUUGAAUAUCUAUGCCUACCGACAUAUACGGACGAACCAGGUGGUGUACAGUUUGACCAGGACGCUUGAGAACAACAAAAUCCUCAAGCAGUUGGUCUUCCACGGCAAGAAGACGGUGCCUGCUUCAGUCCGCCGCGACAUGUGGACGCCCUAUUUCUCCAUCCAUUUUCCCCCGACUCCCGCAGGAGCGUUGGAAGGUCUUUUCGCUUUUCAGAAGCUUCGUGAGCUUUCACUUCAACGGCAGCUGUCGCCUCCUGAGUCCAUCAUCCGGGUCACGCAGGAGGACAUUGAUGUUGUGAAAUCAAAGCUAGGAUCGCCAACAGAUUUGCAAGAGCUGGCUGUACGAGAUCAGUUGAGCGGCCGAGUGCCAAAGCUCAAUGAGAUCUUGCCGAAGAAGCUACAAGCACGGAGGUUGAUGGAUCAAAAGGCCACCAGUGUAGCUGAUGCUGCUUUCGUGCUCGACUGGAUAAGCUCGGGCCCCAGUCCGUUGGACAGAAUGAUCGAAAUCGAAAUGAACCGGGUAGCACGUCACAAGGACAGGUCGAGGAGGGCGCGAAGGCGAAUCCACACGAUCCGGGAGGAGGAGGCGAAAAAGAAGGACGAGAUCAUGCGACGUGCAGCGCUGGCUCUACAGGAUAUGAGUUCCGAAGACCGGAGCCGACUACCUCUGUCUAAGGGUACACUCACGCAACUCAGCAUGGAGCACCAUGGCCUGGUGGAUGGACAGAAACUUGUCGACAUUGACCAAGUCAAGGAACUGAAGGAUGCCAUCAAGCAGUGGGAGGCCUUUGUCCAUGUUGAUAUGAGCAACUUUGACACGGAUGAGUGGAACCGAAGACAAUAUGUCGUAAGAGCAGCCGAACGGCAGGCAAUUAAGGAGUGGUUUGAAGAGUACGAUGCUCCAACAACGGAAUAUGACUCGGUUUGGAACAGGGCCGCCGAAGCGAGAGAAACAGCACUAAAGGAUUUUGAAGAGGAAACAAAAGUCAAAAGGGAGCAGCAGCGGGCAAGCAGAAGAGAGGAGGCGUCGAAGCAAGCAGAAGAGGCAGCCACACAACAACAUGAGAAGCGCAAGGCCACUGGCCCCGAGGCCCCGUCUUUGGAGCAAAUGAUCGCCCAGUACAAGAAGGCGGCUCUCGAUGAAUUGGAGGUGCAGGAGAACCAAGCAGCAGCGGACGAGCAGAAUCCAAAACCCGACUGGGCCGACGCGCGCGAAAUCAAGAUGUACUGGGCCGACCUGAACGAUGGUCUUUUCGCGGCAGCGUGGCCGCAGGACGUGGUGCACGGCCAGCUCGCGCCGUAUGGCGUCGCCAAAGCCCUCGUACGCGAGACCGAAGACCGCGUCAUCGAAGAGCUGCCCGACGACUACGAAGAAGGACAAGUAGCAGCAGCGGAACAGCAACCACGCAGGCUCGAGAUCGUCAAGUCCAAGAGCGUGCAUGUCAUCGGCAGCGGCCUGAACGAUGGCUGGAUGUCUGCAGAGCUGGCCACCAUCCACAAGGAGCCCGCCCCGUGGUCGCCACGACCGGCCGAACCAGACGCAAUAUCCGAGUCGGAGCAACUCGUUGAGAGUGCGUCUGACGCCGCAGCUCUUGAGGGUGCAGAAAAGCAGGAUUUCGGAGUGUACUACGAGGAGCCGAGGAAGGGCAUGUGGGCUCGCGUGCGUGGCAUCUUCGGUCGAUAG